UUUUACCUCCUGAGGGACAUGUUAGGCAAGAGAGCAUCACAGCUUUCCCAGAGGCUUAAAAUUAAUCUGACAUCCACUGGGGUUUACUUAUUUACCCAUUUCAUAGAUACCCAAACGCUCUUUUUGUCUUGAUGCACUUAGGAGUUUCUAUAAGCCUUCAAAAUUUCUUUGUUCCUCUUCUUUUUGAGGGGUGGAGGAGAAGUUGCCAUGCACCCCACCAAAUUCCUUCCUAGCACUUGUCUCCUUAAAUUCAGACAGCUGUGAAAAUAAGUUUCCCACAGAAGCUGGGUUCUUCAUUUCACCCUCCAGAGAACACUUUUGUUUGGUUGUUUGGUUUAAGCUUCGAGCAAACUCUUUAGAGCUGUGUUUUCAAAGAUGCCUAAAACAUGGCUUAGAGUUAUAUAAGUAUCUGGGCACCUGACAGGCCCAUGUCAAGGCAAUUUAGAAAGUGAAAUAAAUAUUUAUCAGAAUUAUUGGGCACUACCUCCCUUUGGGACUGCUGCCCUUGAUUUUUCAAGGUUUUGGGUUUCGCACAUAUGAAGUGUAGGGACAGUACCCAUCUACUGCAUAUUAUAUGGAUAAAACCUAUUUAUUAACAGCACUUUGAGAUCCUCAGGUGAAGUAAUGCUUUUACAUCAACUUAAUAUAACUGUAGUGGAUUGACAGGAUAAAUCAUUGUGAUCUUUAGGCAUGAUUCUGCAAGAACCACGGCAUCCUUGAUUUCCAACUUUGUUCAUAAGGGUCACAAGAGUUUAUGCUUACAUAUACACUUAUUUAGUGGAACAGCUAAAUGCCUGAUCAUGACACUUCUUUUUCCUCCUUUAUGCUACAGGUCCAGAAGCACUACGGUACUUGAUUUAGUUUUCAUUGCUAAGCCACAAAGACUGCAAACAUGUCUCUGGAAGACAUCCACAUGAACACCCAGGAUUUGCUUGAACAAAAACAAUUAGAUGCUGGAGGAUUUGGAACCAUUUCUUUAUGCUUUCACAAGAAACAUGGAUAUGUAGUAUUAAAAAAAGUGUAUACAGGACCACAGCGCACUGAAUACAACGUUUCCCUCCUUGAAGAAGGCAGGAUUAUGCGCAGACUGCAGCAUGACCGUGUGGUAAAACUACUGGGUAUCAUUUUGGAAGAUGGAAACUACUCACUUGUGAUGGAGUAUGUGGACCGGGGAAACAUGAUGAAAGUGCUACAGCAACUCUCACUGCCUUUGUCAGUGAAAGGGCGUUUUGUGCUGGAGAUCACAGAAGGAAUGCUUUAUCUGCAUGAGCAAGGCUUUGUACACAAAGACUUAAAACCAGAAAACAUCCUUGUGGACAGAGACUUCCACAUUAAGAUUGCAGAUCUCGGUGUUGCCUCCUUUAAGAACUGGAGUAAGCUAACCCAUGAAGAAACUGUCCGACAGAAGCAAAUCAAGAGCACUUGCCAGAACAAUGCUGGGACUCUUUUCUAUAUGGCCCCAGAGCAUUUACUCAGCGUUAAUGCAAAACCAGUGGAAAAAUCAGAUGUUUACAGCUUUGGCAUAGUGAUCUGGGCAAUUUUUGCUAACAAGGAACCAUAUGAAAAUGGUAUAAAUGAAGCCCAGAUUUGCUUUGGCGUCAUAAAUGGAAACAGACCAGACUUAAAGGAGAUCACUGAUAAAUGUCCAGUGGAAGUUAUUGACAUAAUGAAACAAUGCUGGGAGCAAGAGUCAGAGAAACGGCCAACCUUUGCAGAAAUUAGUGAAAGAUACAAGCCAUUUUACUACCAAAAUUUAGGAAAAAAUAUCGAAGAAGAUCUGAAGAAUUUAAAAAAAAUAUGGCCUGAGUCAAAUGAGCUGCUGAAUAGAAUGGAAUCCCUCCAAAUAGAUGCUGUACCAGAAGAUACCAGUAAUGGUGAAGUAGAUCAACCUAAUUCUCUACACAGCUCUCAAGGUCCCGAGACCAGUCACGUUAAUGAAGCCCUGUUUGCUGCCUCCCCCAAGAACCAGCCUGUUGAGAGCUGCGAGACCUCUUUUGCACCUGCUGAUAAUCUAGAAAGAAAACUUCAGUGUGAAUACAACUAUCAUGUAUUUGGGAGCCGGAUGGAUAAAGCAGUUCCACCUGUACUACACACCCCUGAAAUGAUAGAGGAAGAAAGGAGACGGAGAGUUUCCUGUGAUCCGUUUGCAAAGCCAUCUCCUACUUCCCAGAGGAGCGAACUGCAUCCAAGAGCUGAAAAAACAGGAUCAAACACUAACCCAUAUGUCUGGUCAAACCACCAUCCAAAUUUCUGGUCACAGGCAGGAUCAAACACUAAACCACAUGUUCGAUCAAACCCUGAUCCAAACUUCUGGUCACGGGCAGCUGCAACAGCACCAAACCAGGGAACAGUUUUUUAUGGGCCAAACCGUAACAGUCUUCUAACAGGAAACCCAGAGGAUCACUAUGGAUUGUGUUUAGCCAGUAACUUUAGCCUAAGUAAACCUCCUGUGCCAGAAUCUGGCCAAAACCUGCAGUCACAAACCAAUGUAAACUGGUAUUCGAAGAAUUCAGACACAGAUACAGGUAACAAGGAUUCCACUUCUUUCACAAGGGGAACUUUUGCAUAUUAUCCUAGCUCACCAGGAGUAAGCCCAGUCCCUUAUACAGACGACUCAAUCAAAUACAACAUUAGUAACAGCUCUGGAAUUCAAAUUGGAUCCUACAACCACAUGAAGAUUGAAGAGCACAAUCAGCACAUCAGCACUUCUCCUGCAGCUACAGAAGCAAAUUAUAGACAAUAUGAAGCAAUGGGUAUAUUUGAUGAUACUACUGUCCUGACUGCCAAACAUCUGAAUCUAGUGAGAGAAAAGUUGGCUAAGCAGUGGAAGCACUGUGCUCGGAAACUGGGCUUCUGUGAUCCCGAGAUUGAUGAAAUCGAUCAUGAUUAUGAACGAGAUGGACUAAAAGAAAAAGUUUACCAAAUGCUGCUUAAGUGGGAAAUGAGGGAAGGCUCCAAAGGUGCUACAGUUGGAAAACUUGCCAAGGCCCUCUUUGGCUGCCAAAGACUGGAUCUCCUUACUAGUUUGAUGCUAAUCAAGGAUGAAUAAUUUGACUGAGAACUGUGGGAAAGUGAGGGUAUUUUUUCCUGAAGACCUUCCAAUAACAAAUAAUUCUGAACAGACUUUCUGGAAUUCUCCUUCUUGCACAGACUUUUUGGAACAUAGUUUUUCUGCCAAGCAGUUUUCAAUGAAUACCUUCAGUAAAUCAAAAAGUUUAUGUCACGAUAUUUGGCCUUCCAAAGGAUAAAAUACAUUAAGCAUCUUCCUUCUGAAUAGAAUGAUUGUCCAGAGAUAACAACAACAAUGCAAUACAAAUAUUGAUUCAAGGAGAAUGUGUUACACAAAAUUUCUGGAUUCUACAUUCUGUCUUGAAACAUUUUGGGACCCUCGUUCAGUUCAGAACAAAAGCAUGUCAUUUCAACAAAGCAAUAUAUGAGUAAUAAUAUGCAAAAGACUGACCUACUUCUUGAAAAACUUGUACAGAAAAUUAAAUCAACUUAAAUUUUGCCAGAAGUGCCAAUUGCUUUAAGUCAAUAACAUUAUUUUUCAAAUAUUUUUAUAAUUUUUAUUAAAUACAUGUGUCUAGAAUUAUGCAGAACAGCAGCAAAAAUAAAAGCAAAAACUAUUUCUGGCUUUAAAAGGCUAUACUUGAUAUUUUACAGAUUAAUAUUGCAUUAGUUUUUUACAUUGUUUGGUAGAAAAGAUUUUACAUGUCAAGUUUCUUAUCUGCUUUAUGAAACAGUGAAAAAAUAAAUUCAAUCUGUAUUCAAUCCAAAGUAAGAACUCUGGAAUACAACAGCUUUGGGAAGGGAAAGGUGCCUUAUUACCUCUUGACAGAAGACCCAUUCUCCUACUCGCUCUUGGGGCUCAUAGUGACUAGAAUGUCACUAGUUUUUGAAUCUCUUGGACUGCAUUUAUAUUAGUGGAUUAAAUGUGCCUGGGAAUGUUUCUGGGUGCUGAGGGUAAGCUGGCAGGAUAGCAAAUUCUUUAAACCUCCAAAAUUUUGUGCAAAAGCUUUUUCACAGCGCUCAGGUUCUUUUGGGGAACACUGGAAAAACUCUGUAGUGUAAGUGAUGGUAUCUCAGUGCCUGGAGAUGUUCCUUGUCACUCUGACUUCCUGGUAUUGACAUUAUCUCAUUGUGCAAGAUCUGUGAAAGAAUUACUGAGCUGUAAGUUUGUAAGACUGAAGAAUAAUUAUGCAAAACCUUUCCGAGGAAGAAUGAUACCUCCUAUUUCCAUCAAAUCUACAAGUAUUUCCAACAGAUGUUUCAGAGCAGGUAAUUGUUUAUGCUGUAGAUUAAAGCAUUAAGUUUCAUUAGUGUUCAUAAAUGUUCAUUGUUAUUGUCAAAAAAGGCUAAUAAUUUACUGAAAGUGUAGUUAGAAUGGAUUUCUGCUCCUUGAUACAGCAGCCACCAUUUUAGUGGAAUCAAAAUGAAACUAAUCAAAGCAAGCAUCAACAUAUUUGUCAUCUUUAAAUCUACAAGGCAAUAGUGUAAAUGGCCCCCCAAAAUGGAGACUUUAGCAGAAACCUAUACAAAGAGCAUGUCAUCCAUUCAGAUACUAGAACACUUCUAUAUUUAUUGUUAAUGCACAUUAAACUCUCCUUUCCAUGGAGGGUAGCUUGGGAUGUAUCAGUAUGUACUAUGGUAAUACUU